CUCGGUAACAAAUUGUCAAAGUUCGUUAUUUACCCGUCGUCGUGUUUACGUUUUGCCUAGAAAUUGGUGAAACAAGUUCUUUUACAAUAUGUAUAAACUAAGUAUCUAAGUAAUUUGAUGAAAUAUUUAUUGAAGUUUUCGAAAACAACUCAAAGCGAAUUGUGAGAUCAUUAAAAUGGCCGUAUACGCGGCUCAUUUGACGAGGACCCUCCAGGGGACUCCUUCAAUCUUCCAGGUCACUGCUCAAGAAGCCCUGGGCGCUACAGUGAAGCCAGCACUCAAAAAACUAGUGGAAUACCUAGCCGCCGUGUACCCCAACAAGUGCGGGUGGUGCGAGAGAUGGUACGAUGAACUUUAUUUGCUGUUUGACUGCUGUCUGCAGUAUCAUUACCUCAAGCAUUAUGCGGCAUCAUUCUCGGAGAGUUUCUACGGCCUGCUCCGAGUGCCAGUCUCCGUCAGUGGAGAGUUCAGCUCGGGCCACCACCGACUCCCACCUGGUCUCGAGCAGGCUUCUCUGGCCGUGUUGGUGCUCCUGCCGUAUUUGAAAGACAAGUUGGAGACUGUUAUUGAUAAGUGGAGAGAAGAUGAAGAGGACGGUCGGUUGGGAAAGGACCGCCUGCGCCACGCGGCUGUGGUGGUGUACGGCGUAGCGCACAUGUCGUGGUCGGCGUGGCGGCUGCUGCGGUGGGGCGCCUUCCUCACGCGGGGCGCCGCCCCCGACCCGCUGCUCGCGGUCUUGGGUCUGUCGCUGAAACACGCGCCGCCGCCCGCGCCGCAGCCCGACGAUCACACCUGGUCCGAUCUCUUCAGGAACAUGGUCACGGGGAACUUUGGCAGCGCCGCGCUAACGUUCCCGAUGCUGGGCGCGCUGUGCCUGGGCGCGGUGGAGUACGGCGCCUUCGCCGUGCAGUUCCUGCGCUGGUGGGAGGCGCGCGGGGCGCCCGCCGCGGGGCUGCCGGCGCCCCCCCCGCCGCAGCGACCGCAGCCGGCCGCUCACAAGAACCGCUGUCCGCUGUGCCGGCGCGCGUGGAGGAUCCCCACCGUGCUGCCGGUGUCCGGCUACAUCUUCUGCUACGUUUGCAUCUCUCGGCACGUGCGGCAGCACUCUGCCUGCCCCGUCACCCGCUGCCCCGCCUCCGACAGAGAGCUCGUCAGACUCUACAUUGACUGACUGACUGACUCACUUUGAACUGAUAUUGCGAAGAGUGCGUAGCGGAUACGACUGAUUUUUUGAACAAUUUGAAAUUACACUGUGUCACUUUCCAGUCGUUUACUCUAAGGUCAGACAUAGAAAUACAAUUUUUUAACCAACUUUAAAAAGGAGAACGUACUCAAUUCAGCCGUAGGUGUAAUUUUAUUUCUGUGUAAUUAGUAUGAAUUGCCUGAGUUUGUUAAAUGUUAAUUAAUAUUAAUGUGAUAUAGCUUUAUAAUAAUGUUUUGGUGAUUGGAUGCAAGGGUGUUAUUUAUAUUGAGUCGUUUUUUAGGUACUGUUAUAGUAUUUUUACGUGCCAGUGACAAAAACGUAUUAUAUUGUACAGAAAGGUGAUGUU